GUGAAAGAAAGAUAUAAUGAUAUUGCAGGAUAGGAAAACCAACAAAAGCUGUGGAUAUUUGUGGCCAUAAAUGGGACGAGAUAAAAGGAAGGCUUGAGAAAAUUAUUCGAUUAUUCCCUGGAACCCCAAUAAAAGAAGGAAUUUGAUACCUGUGAUAACCGGGAACUAGAGGUAUCCCAUACAAAUCUGUACUGAGACAAUUGGCAAUCCCUUAGAAGGAAAAUAGCGGAAAACUUGAUGAAGGUGUCUGUAGCUCAGGUCUGUGAUUGACCACCAAAAUGUACGAAUCACUGGGACCAAGAGGGGGAGAGAUGGAUCCCCACAACAAGUGCAUGGGGGGCCGUAUGUGGUGCGUGUCAGACAUCUGCGGCAUCAUCUGUGCUGUCAUGACGUGGCUGCUCGUGACAUAUGCAGAGUUUGUUGUGCUUACUGUAAUAUUGGGCACCUCGAAUCAUCCGAUAUAUACGACUUUUAAUCUACUACUUUUCAAUGUGUUUGCUGUAUUAGCAUUAUCUUCACAUGCUCGAGCCAUGUUCACUGACCCGGGAGCUGUUCCAAAGGGCAACGCCACACGAGAAAACAUCCAGCGCAUGGGGCUGCGAGAAGGUCAAGUGAUCUUCAAAUGUCCAAAGUGUUGCAGCAUCAAGCCUGAGCGCGCCCACCACUGCUCCGUCUGUCAGCGGUGCAUUCGCAAAAUGGAUCACCACUGCCCUUGGGUUAACAACUGUGUGGGUGAAAAUAAUCAGAAGUUCUUUGUACUCUUUACAUUCUACAUCGCCCUGCUCAGUCUCCAUGGCCUUUUCCUAGGAAUUUACCAGUUCAUAAUCUGUGUGAGGAGUGAGUGGCGGGAGUGCUCUUCUUUUUCACCACCUGCCACGGUGGUGUUGCUGCUGUUCCUUAUCUUCGAGAGCUUACUCUUUGCCAUUUUCACUGCAGUCAUGUUCUUCACACAAGUUAAUGCCAUCUGGAAUGAUGAGACGGGCAUUGAACAACUGAAGAAGGAACAGGCAAGCUGGGAAAAGAAAUCUCGAUGGCGAAGUAUCCAAGCUGUGUUUGGUCGCUUUUCUUUGACUUGGUUCAGCCCCUUCACUACCCCUCCCUUGCCAACAAAAACUCAUUCAUAUAUGUAUGCUGUUUAGUUUCUUCUUGGGGAUGACUUGCAAUCAUAAUUUGGAAAUUCAAGAGACAGUUGUAUGAGCAGCAGUGUGUGUAUGUAUGUAUGUGUAUAUAUAUAUAUUUAUUUGAUGAUAU